AUGUCUAGAACGCUAGUGCAGCCAAUAGGGCAGAAGAGGCUAACUAAUGUGGCAGUGGUGCGGCUGAAGAAGCACGGCAUGCGCUUUGAAAUUGCAUGCUACCCUAACACUGUUCUCUCUUGGCGUUCUGGCGUGGAGAAGGACCUGGAUGAAGUGCUGCAGUCCCAUACUGUUUAUUCCAAUGUUUCCAAAGGAGUUCUCGCCAAGUCCAAGGAUUUAAUUGCAUCUUUUGGCACUGAUGACCAAACCAAGAUAUGCUUAGAUAUUUUAAAGAAAGGGGAGCUUCAGGUUGCUGGGAAAGAGAGGGAAUCAAUGUUGUCAAGUCAGUUCAGGGAUAUUGCAACCAUAGUAAUGCACAAGACAUACAAUACUGAGACUCAGCGCCCUUACACUAUCAGUAUGAUUGAACGGCUCAUGCGGGAAAUCCAUUUUGCUGUUGAUCCACAUAGCACCUCCAAGAAGCAGGCUCUGGAGUUAAUUCAAGAACUUCAAAAGCACUUUCCUAUAAAACGAUGUCCGUUGAGAAUACGUGCUACUGCUCCUCAGGACCAAUUGCCUCAUCUUUUAGAAAAGCUGAAGGAAUGGAAUGCCACUGUUGUUUCUAAAGAAGGAUCUUCUGCUCAGUUAUCUGUUGUUUUUGAAAUGGAACCUGGUCUAUAUAAAGAUUGUCAUGACUUUGUUAUGAAUAAGAUGCAUGGAAGAUUUGAAGUUCUUGCACACUCUCUUUAUGUAGAGGGGGAUACCCAUGUGGAACAAUACAAUGACUACGAGGAUAUGCCUGCAACAUUGCCCAAAGAAACUCAUGAUUCUGUAAUUGAACUGAAUGAGAAACUUCAAAAGCAAACAAUUUCUUCUACGAGUAGGCCUACUGAGGGACAACAGAGGCAAAACAAGUGCAACACAUGUAACGUUUCUUUUGAUGACCCUAAGCUAUACAGGGAACAUCACAAGAGCGAGUGGCACAAGCACAAUAUGAAGCGUAAGACAAGGCAACUCCCACCACUUACUGAGGAAGAGUGCAUGGCAGACAUGGAAUUGGGCGACUCAAAAUCUGAUUUGAAGGAUUAUUCUUUUUGA